AUGGAGACCUCAGCUGACAAGUGGUGGGUGCUGCCACUGACCUUCCUCCCGCCCAUCUCAGGGCAGCAUGACACCGCUGCCACGCUGCCAGCCAUAGCCACGAGCUUCGUCUACCUUGCGAUCUUCGCGUGCGUUGCAUGGGCGGGCACUGCACUGCUCUACUGGGCUCAUCCUGGUGGCCCUGCGUGGGGCAAGUAUUGGAGGGCGAGGGGGAAGAGCCCGAUGCCGUGUCCGAUUCCCGGCCCGAAAGGGCUCCCCGUCGUCGGCAGCCUCGGCCUCAUGUCCGGGCUGGCGCACUGCUCGCUGGCCGCCGAGGCGGCACGCCGGCCGGGCGCUAAGAGGCUCAUGGCGCUGUCGCUCGGGCCGGUGCGCGCGGUCGUCACGUCACACCCGAACGUAGCCAAGGAGAUCCUCGACAACCCGGCGUUCGCCGACCGGCCGCUCAACCACGCGGCGUACGGCCUCAUGUUCCACCGCUCCAUCGGCUUCGCCGAGCACGGCCCGUACUGGCGCGCGCUCCGGCGGGUCGCCGCGGGGCACCUGUUCGGCCCGAGGCAGGUGGACGCGUUCGCCCCGUACCGCGCGCGCGUGGCGGAGGGCGUGGUCGCCGCGCUGCGCGCCGCCGCGGCGUCGACGACGACCGUCGUGCAGGUGCGCGGCGUGCUCCGGCGCGCGUCGCUCUACUACAUCAUGCGCUUCGUGUUCGGCAAGGAGUACGACGUGUCGCGCGGCGUGCCGGAGUCCGGGAAGGAGGUGGAGGAGCUGCUCGAGAUGGUCCACGAAGGGUACGACCUCCUCGGGAAGGAGAAUUGGUGCGACUACUUCCCGGGCCUCGCCGGCGUGGACCCGCAGGGAGUCGGGGCACGGUGCGCCGAGCUCAUGCCGCGGGUGAACCGCUUCGUGCACGGCAUCAUCGAGGAGCACCGUGGCAAGGCGAUCGCCGGAGGAGAGGCACGUGACUUCGUCGAUAUAUUGCUUUCGUUGCAGGAGAGCGAGAGGCUCGCCGACGCCGACAUCGCCGCCGUGCUUUGGGAGAUGAUCUUUCGGGGAACUGACGCCAUGGCCGUGCUCAUGGAGUGGACACUAGCUCGCGUUGUCCUCCACCCCGAAGUCCAAGCCAACGUGCACCGUGAGCUCGACGAGGUGGUCGGCCGGAGCAACCCGAUCGCCGAGUCCGCCGUGCCGUCGCUGCCUUACCUGCAAGCGCUGCUCAAGGAGGCUCUCCGGCUGCACCCGCCGGGCCCGCUCCUGUCGUGGCGCCACAGGGCCAUAUCCGACACGCACGUCGACGGGAACCUCGUCCCGGCCGGGACCACUGCCAUGGUCAACCAGUGGGCCAUGAGCCGCGACCCCGACGUGUGGGACGCGCCGCUCGAGUUCCAGCCGGAGCGGUUCCUUCCCGGCGGCAAGUCGCACGGCGUGUCCGUGCUCGGCGCCGACGGCCGGCUCGUGCCGUUCGGGUCAGGCAGGAGGAGCUGCCCCGGCAAGUCCCUGGCCAUGGCGACCGUGACCGCCUGGAUGGCCACCCUGCUGCACGAGUUCGAGUGGACGCCGGCGUCCGGCGAGGCCGGCGCCGUCGACUUGUCGGAGGUGCUCCGCCUGUCGUGCGAGAUGGCAGUGCCGCUCGAGGUCCGGGUAAGUGCACGCCGCCGCAAUUUGUGAGACUGAACGUCUGCAGCUAAAAGGGUUUGUUGCGCCAUGAAUUGAUCGGGUAGUUUGUAGCCGUGACCCCGUGCUUGCCGUCAGUAAAUAAGCAGCCGGUGAAAAAAUAUGCACCAGCUGCGCUCUCAGUAUUUGGUUCUGUUCCUGAAAAAUGUUUUUACUGUCUGUGUGUCAUCAGAGUGACUGAGUGAGUAUAAUCUUCCAAAUGGUGUAAAAAUUGCAGAAAUCUAUCAAAGAUAAUAUGUGUGCAGUAUAUACUAUGUAGCUGUUUGUCAUGCCUCCAUCUGCACGCGUG